UAACAAAGAUCCAACGCCCAUCUACCGAAUGGCGCUUUCGUUUCUAUCGCAAAACUCCGGUCUGUUGGAUUUACAAAGCAUAUUCGAUCCACAAUAUUCAGAACUGCAGCAAGAACAUUCGAACCACCAUCAACACAACAACAACAACAACAACAACAACAACCAUCACCAUCAUCACCACCACCAAAGCAACCAACAACAUCAGCCACACGAGGAGCUACAACUUCAGCUACCACAGCGCAUAGCGACACCCACCAAUACCAAAUUCGAUUUGAACAUCUUCAACGAAUUCGAUCAAAUGGAAUUCAACAACACCAACAACUUGAAUCGCAGUCAAUAGCAA